AUGAUUCUCCACAAGGCUGACGACGCGCUGAUGUCGAUCAGCAGCUUCAAGGAGUUGGCUUACGUCUUCAUCAAAGAAUACACCUCUUACCGGACGAUCAAGAAGAACCUUGACCACCUGUACAACCUGUGCAAGAAGUCUGACAAAUCCCUUCGAGAUUACAUCAACAGAUUCAAAGCAGAAAAGGCCAACAUUGUAGGAUGUGACGACCGAAUCACCUCAUUUGCUUUCAAGAAAGGCUUUCUAGCUGAACACGACUUGUACCGCGAGCUGACUAGACAGGGAAGUGGGGAGUCUCCGAGGAAGGGGCCAAGGAAAAUAGAACAGUCUAUUAAGCAAGAAGAUCAGCUGACUAAGCAGGCAGGCCAAAGAACCGAAGGGUUUAGCAACAGGAACAAGGACAAGCGCAGGUCACACCCACAGGGGGAUGCUACGGCAGGAGAGAACUACACUAAGUUCGCCAUCCCCAUACAUCAAAUCUUAGCCCAAGUGAAAGACAAACAUUGGGUAAGAAGACCACCACCCUUGAAAGGAGAUCCAGACAAGAGGGAUACUAGCAAAUAUUGUGCCUUUCAUGGGAUGUACGAGCAUACUAUGAACAACUGCUUCACUUGGAAAGCGCACCUUGAAGAACUCAUGAGGGAAGGUCACUACACAGAAUUCAUCACGAAGCAGGCCAUCCAGCGAAUUGAAGAUCAAGAUACCGCCAAGGAGCUGCCCCAGAAGGUCAUAAGGAUUAACACAAUCCUAGCUAAUGCUGAGGAAUCAGGGCUGACCAGGAAGGAAAAGAAGAUGAAGAUCAAACAGGACAAUCCCUGGGUGCUGUGUCGGCCAGAUUAA